UAAUUAAGAUGGAAGAAAUAGCCUGCAAAAGUCCUUUGCACUCAGACUUGGGCGGUAUCGAUGAUGUGUGUUUGCUGGAGAUGGACCAAGGAGUUAUGAUGGGGCCUUUUCCGUUUAUGGGUUCACAAGUAUGUACUAAAGGGGACAAUAUUUUGGGGAUCAGAAGAAUAAUGAUUGCAACCAAAAGUUCAGGUAUGUUUAAAAUGCCUAAUGUUAUUUAUAAGUUGUUUAAAUUUAAUAUUGCAUUGUUAUUGAAGAGAUCUAUCUAUGCUAGAUUAAUCAGUUUAAUAUGAUUACUUCAGCAUAAAAUUAUCUAACUCACCAAUUUUUUAAUUAUUCCUAAAACAAUUUUCCUCCCUUUAUUAUCCCAUCCCUUCCUCCCCAUUUAUUUUUGUACGCAUCAACAUUUUUCCCUAAUUCCCAAAAAAAUCCUUAAAAAUCCCCUAAACCACAUAUUUCCCCCUUUCCUCCCUAACCACCUUUCUUCCUCUACCAAAACCUCUGCCUCUACAGUCGAAGCCAUGUCCAGAAUUCCUAAGCAAAGGCUUCUAAGACUCCUGAAGGACAAGAAGGAAAUUUCAGGAAAAGAGGUGGGGCUGUACAUAAAGGAGUGGAGUUUUAGCAAAAAUUAGGGGCUAAAGUGGGCUUUUAAGAGUUUUGUGUAGAAGAAAAUGGGAAGAGUCUGAUGGAGAUGAUGGUCAGGGUGAGGAGAGAGAGAAUGGAAUUGGAGAAAAUGAGGAAUUUGGUGGAACGAGAGUUGGGGGAAGAAUUUACUGGAAGAGUAGAGACAGACUGUGAUAAAAAGAUUGAAGCUUCGAGAUUACCACCGAAAAUAAUCAAAAGGAUUGUAAAGAAGCAAAAACUGAGUUCAGUGCAUAUUAAAUAAACGUUUAAAUUCAUUGGUUGAUAGAGAAAUCAAACUCAGAAGUCAACAAACCUUCAAACCUAAAAAAAUUGAAAGCCAGGGCCAUUUGCCUCCUGGCCCAAUUAAAUCAACUAAAAUUCGUAUUCUUAAGAAGAGAAAGGCUUUAAAGAAAGCAAGUUUCAACUCAAAGAUGAGCCUAAACCCAAGUUCAGAUUUAGGCUCUACUUUAAAAACAAGCACCUGAAAUAGAAAAUUUUCAAGCAUAAGUCAAACCAAAAUGGCUCAAACUUACUCAAAAUUCAGUUUCAAAAAAGGCAUUAUCCAAAAAUAAGAAGAGCAGGAACAGAUUUAGCCGGCAGAAGAAAAGAACAAGAGGGCCUGAGUACUUAUUAAAGACUGUGCAGCACCAGUUUGUGAUAAGUAAGCUGAGGCUGAGGGUCUAAAUGAGGAGCCACAGGAGGAGAUUUAUAAGUACUGAAGGAAUCUGGGAAAAUAGGAGAUUGGAGAGGAAGAGAGGACUUGGCAAGUAAGAGUAUUUUAGUAGUAUCUUAUUAAGAUGAGCCACCACAAGGAUACUUGAGAGAAGAAUAAAAAGAGAAAAAUAUUUUUACGAUUUUCUAAUUACGAUUCAUCGAUAACAAAACAUAA